AACAUUAUUUGUUGACCUCCGGAUCAGUGUUAUCUGCUUAAACGUGACGGAGACAUCCCAAAGGCAAUUUACGUUGUUUUUAAAUCAUUUUGUACAAUCCCAGAGCAGAACAGAGUACGUGGAUGUUAAUUUAAUAUUCCACAGUAUUCCAAUAUUCCAUAAUAUUAUUAUAGUUAGUUAAAAAGUAGUGUGUAGUGCAAAGAUAAUAUCGUCAAAGAAAAUAAUGCCUAGUAAUUCGAAAAAGGAGAUUCCUCCUCUUACAGAAGAUCAACAACACGCUAUAAAAAGUUUAAGAAAAAGAAUAGAAGAUGAGCUCAACCAUAUUAAGAAUAUAAAUACCAAGGAUACCUACCUGCUUAGGUUUCUGUAUUGUACUGAUUUUAACACAGAACUAGGUUUUAAAAAGAUAAAAGACUAUUACGAAAACAUACUAGCUUAUCCAAAAUGGUACUCCACAGACCCUCCUAUUAAAAUAAAGCCACUUAUAGACAAAAACAUUAGUGUAAUGGUCCCUGCUUCUGUUGAUAAGGAUGAUAGACAAAUAUAUCUUUUUAAAGUAGGAAAUGUCGAUAUUCAAAAUAUAUCGAUACAAGAAAUCUCAUUCCUAGAUGACAUUUGGUUUGAAUAUUUAUUGGAGAAUGAGCCUCAUUUAUCAGGAAAAGGAAUUUGUAUAAUAGUUGAUUUUGAGUACGUAACCUGGAAGUUUGCCAAGUGGUUCAACUACCGAAACGUAAAAAUAGGAUUUAAAAAAUUGGCAUUAGUACCAUUUAAAGAAAUCAAAAUUCACUUUGUAAAUAAUUCAAAAUCAAUGAAAUAUUUUUUAAAACUAAUUGUAUCCUGCGUGCCUGAGGACAUUAAGAAACAGGUGCAUUUUCACUUUUCGGAUCAAGAAACAUUAGCAAAACAUAUCGAUAAAGAUUUUCUUCUUCCCGAGCAUGGUGGAUACAACAAACUAAACUAUACAAGAAUCUAUAAAAGUCUGUUUGAAAUAAAUGAUAUUAUAGCUUCUAACUUAAAUAUGAAUAAAAACGACAGAAACAGCUAGAAAUAUAUACAUAAUAGUUAAAAUAUUUAUCUUUGUAAAUAAAUUAUUGUUACUUUUGUUUUA